ACACCAGCUGCCGAGGAAAGGAACCUUCGGGAGCCAUGGCCACCUCUGACAGGCUUCACAGGGACCUCACAGAUGUGCUGGCUUAUUCAUUUCUCUUCACAUGACACUACCAACAUACGCCUGUACAGUCCAUGUCCAUCAGCCAUAGAUCCCGGGACACUCCUGUCAGAGUCAGUUUGAGUCCUGGCCUUUGUCAGAUUGUCACAUACACAGCCAGUGGCGGCACCCACACUCCUGAGACCUGGGUCCUGCUCAAGUUUGGACAGAAGACUUCACGUCUAGAAACCUGAAGAGCCUUAAGGAAAACCUGUAGGAAAUCCUUGACUUGUGCUCAGAACCAGAACGUCCUCAUGGCAGUAUCAGUGGGAACAAGAGUCAUAUCUGAACUCGCUGAUUUACUCACAGAGGAAUUCCUCAGAGAGGAUCUCAAGCGCCUGAUAACUGAAGAUGGAGUCUGGAAGGCAUUUGUGGAGGCAGCAGGGUUGUCAAGCGAGGAGGAAGCUGCACUGCAUGAUGCACUGAAGGAGCGUUUAGCCCAGGAGCCCACCGAUGAAAAGGACAGGCUUGAGAAAAGGAGGUUUUUGGAAGAAUUUCCUGUGUUGAAAAGGAAGCUUGAAGAACACAUCAGGAAGCUUCGAGACCUGGCUGACCAUCUUGACCAGGUGCACAAGGACUGCACCAUCUCCAAUGUGGUGUCCGGCUCUGUCGGCACUGCCUCUGGAGUCCUGGGCAUCCUUGGAUUAGUUCUGGCCCCCUUCACAGGAGGGACCAGUCUGCUGCUCUCAGCAACUGCAGCGGGGCUAGGAGCAACAGCAGGUGUGACAGGUGUCACCACCACCGUUGUGGAAGAAUCAAUCAGAGUGUCAGAUGAGGCUGAAGCCCGGCGCCUGGUUGGGGCCAGCCAGAAUAUAGCUAAGGAGAUUUUUAAUAUCAUCCCUAAGUUCACAUUUAAAUUAAUUAACACAGGUGUGGAUUUAGUCAGUGCCUGGAAAACCAUAGGUCAGCAGAUCCGUGCCAUCAGGGUGGCCAGGGCCAGCUCUCGCUCAGGAACACAGGCCAGGAAUCUCAGAAACUUUGCCCAAGGUUUUGAGCAGGUGAGGAAUGCCUUGUCUGGCUUGGCUCUUCCAAUGACCAGAGGAGCCAGAUUUAGAGCAGCAGGUUUAGGUCUUGUCUCACUUGGAUUGGAUGUGUAUCACCUUGUGACUGACUCAAUGGAUUUGCACAAUGGGGCAACAACAGAGUCAGGGGGAGCGCUGCGGGACCUGGCUCACAAGCUGGAGGAGAAGUUGCGGGAAUUUGAGCAGAUCUACAUGGAUCUGCAGUCAUACCUGUAGCUGGAGUUUUCUCUCCGGGUCCCGCUGAGCCCUGGCAGUCUGACAGCCCACUUAUAAAAUAAACACAGAGAUGCUUAUAUUAUUUACAAACUGUAUAGCCGUGUCAGGCUUCUUGCUAACUGUUCUUAUAUCUUAAAUUAACCCAUUUCUAUAAAUCUAUACCUUGCCACGUGGCUCAUGGCUUACCGGCAUCUUUACAUGCUGCUUGUCAUGGUGGCAGCUGGCAGUGUCUCCCUCACUCAGCCUUCCACUCCCCAGAAUUCUCCUCUCUCCUUGUCCCGCCUACUUCCUGCCUGGCCACUGGCCAGUCAGUGUUUCAUUUAUACAGAACGAUAUCCACAGCAAUACCUGCCUCAGGGGCCCCCCUCCCUCAAGGAGCUAAGAGUCCAGGGGAGAUGACAUGUACAGGGGUGGGGAUAAGGAGGCAUACAACAUAGUCUGAGUCUAGGGAACUGACUGUUGAGGAGUUUGUAUUUCUAUGUCCAAGCACAGCAAGGUCAAUGCAGACAGCCAGUGACUCACAGAGAAGACAGAAACUGGAGUCUAAAAUGAAGGGCCAGAGUGGGAAUGGG